AUGGACUUGGUGUAUGACUCGUCAAGUUACCAAAAACGUCGCUACCUUCCUGUAACUAUAUCACAUCGCGAAACCAUUUUUUGCGCCAAUGUGCUCACCUCACUUAUUCAUGAACGUGCGCUAGAAGCUCACUAUGAGUCAAUGCGCACACGCAAGAUUAUCCCGCGAGCACUUCGAGGUAUCACGCGGCACAUCAUUCUAAUGACUAGAAUUCCAGUCGGCCUCGGCAAUUAG